AUGCUCGCCCUGGGUCCUAUCACUGUCCAGGCCGGCAUGCCUAUUGCCAGCGUUGAGUUCCAAUCUUGGGAGAAAUGCGACGUGGGUGCUCCAGCUCUCGGUGAGCCCAAGUUCAAGGCUUCAAUCACCGCUACCCCCGUGACUUGCGACAAGACCACCGUGAACCGUGACUGGAGCAUCGACAAUUUCGCCUUCAAGGCCAUUCUUGACACCAAGGAUGCCCACUUCUGCUCUGGUGUCACCGUCUGGAACAACGACAAGUGUUCUGGAGAACCAGACUACUUCCUCCCACUCGAUGGCAAGCCUGUUGUUCAGGGCCAAUGUCUCCCUGAUUUCCUGGAUGCUGGAUUCCUCUCUGUCCGACUUGAGUGUGAUUUCUUCGGUGCUUAA